CUUGAGCCACAUCCCCAGCCCUCUUUCUUGCCACGGCCCCUCACCCCCUGAAAAUGUAUGCCUGCUCCAGGUUCCUCUCCACCCACUCCUUGGUCAGGAGCACCUCUCAUCUGCUGAGCCGACCACUGUCUGCAGUGGUUCUGAACCGACCAGAGACACUGACAUAUGAGAGCUUCAGCAGCUUGGCAGUCCCAUUUCCCCUGACCUCACUUAUCCCUUCCCUUCGCUUCCAAACCAGCACCAUUUCAAGGGACAUUGACACAGCAGCCAAGUUCAUUGGGGCUGGGUCUGCCACAGUUGGGGUGGCUGGCUCUGGGGCUGGGAUUGGGACUGUAUUUGGAAGCCUUAUCAUUGGUUAUGCCAGGAACCCUUCUCUGAAGCAACAGCUCUUCUCCUACGCUAUUUUGGGCUUUGCCUUCUCAGAGGCCAUGGGGCUCUUUUGCCUGAUGGUGGCCUUUCUCAUCCUCUUCGCCAUGUGAAGGAGCAGUCUCCGCCUCGAAUUCUUUCUCCCAUGUCUUGUCUGCCCUGUAUGUCCCUUUUCCUAUACUUCCUCAGGCAAUCUGGGGAAAGUGGUUGGCUCAGGGUUUGACAGAGGGAAGACAAAUAAAUACUGUAUUAAUAAGAUG